UCUUCCCCGAUUCAGUGGUCGUUGACGUAAGAAAUCGACCUUUCCAGAGGACGUUAGGAUUUUAUGAACGUUGCGUUGCUGUGUACUAACACGAAUAAUUAACAUAAUGGGUGACGCCGACAAGGGAGCCAAGGUUUUUAAGCAGAAAUGUUAUCAAUGUCACAAUGUGGAAAAAAAUGGUAAACAUAAGACGGGUCCUAACCUGUACGGGAUGUACGGACGCAAGACAGGACAGGCUUCUGGAUUCACCUACACUGAAGCUAACAAGAACAAAGGAAUAACAUGGGGAGAAGACACCUUAGAGAUCUAUCUAACGAACCCCAAGAAGUACAUACCUGGAACUAAAAUGGUCUUUGCAGGAAUCAAGAAGGCGGGCGAACGCAAAGAUUUAAUUGCUUUUUUGAAACGGGAAACAUCUCCAAGUUAAUAUACGUGACUUUAGGAAAAAAAAAUUGUAUAUCAGAAAAGGACCUAGAAUCGCAAAGGAUGAAAGUUCUACCUCCAUAUCAUACCAGAACGAUGUCCUAGUACAUUUUUAAAUGACUCCAUUUGUUUUGUGUUGAACUGAGAACAUUGCUCAUUCACAGUAUGUUAUGCCUUUGGACAUGUACCUAAGGUUACCAUUUGAACCCUAAACUCCCAACUCGAAAUGCAAUAAAUUCUUGAGUAACCAGUAAAUAUGACCGGCGUACCUUGGAACCUUAUCUCAGGACUGCUUGUAUCCUAGUCUUUUUUGUGUGCACUGACUUACUUGACAAGAAAACCUAUUGUUUUGUCUGAUUUGGUCGACUUGGCCAUAAGAAGGAUUCUUUAAACAUACAAUUACAAUGUAUAUAUUUAUUGCUCAUUGGGUCAGUAGUCUCUGGACUGUUUUCACUGAGAAACCAGUUUAGUGGGACACCACUUGAGAAUGUAAUAUUUCAUUGUACUAACUAUUUGAUAUCACCAUAUUUACUAUACUAGAGUCGGGCAAGUCUCUUUACAGGCAGUUUUACUAAAGGUCGGAUCAAAAAAAGAUUAUUUUUGUCCAAGAAUCCUGAUGUACAUUUACAAUGAUACCAGUUACACUGUAAAUUUCUUCAUUUUCCAUUAUUGUAAUCCAAGCAUUGUGUGUAGAACAGGAUAUUCUCUAGGUUGCAGUAGUGACAGUGUUUUUCAUUUCAUUAACAGCAUAAUCGGAAUAUUAGUCUAGUAACAGUGUGUGCUUCUCGUCUUUAGUUGAAUUGUAACCUUGUUAAGUCAGGCGGCAGAUUAGUAGCUGAAGGAGAUUACUUUGUGCAACAAAUACCAUUUCAGAGAAUAAAUUUGUCCCUGUUUCAUCCUAGCAA